AUGCUGGGCGUCAAGCAAAGGAAUAACAAGAAAGAUGGAAACUAUGUCCCGUCAGAGGAAAAGUUAGUCGACUCUAAGGACUCUUCUGCUUCUGCAUUUACAUCUACGUCUUGUAUUCUCUUGUUUUGGAAAAUAUUGGGUAUAAGGCUAGCCAAUGCUCUACUAACUACAACAUAUUUUCAAGCGGAUGAAUUCUAUCAAUGCCUUGAACCAGCACACAAACUUGCCUUUGGGUAUGGAUAUAUAACGUGGGAAUGGAAUGAAAAACUUCGUUCAUCUAUACAUCCAUGGAUAUACGCCAUAGGGUACAAAUUGACUUCUUGUUUAAAUAUAGAUAUAGUUGUAGCACCUAAAGUUAUUGGAGCCAUACUAGCCUCCAUUGGCGAAUGCUUUUUAUAUAAAUUUGCAUUGAAUUAUUCAGAGGGUAACGUUAAGCUCGCCAAAGUGGCAUUGAUAAUGUCCUUGAUCAAUCCAUUCAAUUGGUAUAUCAUUACUCGUUCGUUUUCUAAUAACUUUGAAAUGAUCCUAACUACUAUCGGACUUUCUUGCUGGCCAUUCAAUAACAACGAUAAUAAAAGUAUAGUCAUUAAAAAAGCUCUCAUAAGUAGUGCUUUCGGUAUAAUCAGUUGCAUUGUGAGGCCAACAAACGCAAUUCUUUGGCUAUGUUUGGGAGCUCACUUGCUAUUCAGAUUAAAGGAUAUAAGAGCUAAACUAGCUCUUUUCAUACUAAUUGAGACAAUCUUGAUUCUCCUGGUCAACACUGUGAUCGAUUAUCUAUUCUACAAUGAGGUUACAUUUCCGAUAUAUAACUUCAUUCAAUUCAAUGUAAUCAAGUCAUUAUCAAUAUUUUACGGUGUGGCACCUUGGCAUUUCUACAUUUUCCAAGCAAUUCCAAUAAUGACUAUGACCUCAUUGCCUUUUUUGAUACACUACUUAAUUUCAUUGAAGGGUUACAAAAGUGUAUUGGGGAUUUCAUCCUUUAUCGUAGUGGGGAGUUUUUCUUUAAUAAACCAUAAAGAGUUUAGAUUUAUAUACCCAUUACAGCCAGUUUUCAUACUUUUCGUAGCAAUGUCAAUAGUGGAGAACUACGCUAGAGUGAGGAGGUUUGCGAUACCCAUGAUUGCCAUAAACAUUGCAAUUGCGUAUUUUUUUACAAGAGUAAAUGAGAGAGGAGUUAUUGAUGUCAUAUACUACUUAAGAGGUACAAACGAAUCGUUUGGGUUGUUGACUCCAUGCCAUUCAACACCUUGGCAAAGUUACUUACAUAAUCCCAAUUACAAUGAUGGAAACAGUUGGGCAUUGACGUGUGAACCCCCACUCCAUCUAUCAAAAAACUCAGAAAACAACAUAAUGGAAGAAAUUAAAAAAUAUAGAGAUGAAUCUGAUAUGUUUUACGACGAUCCCACAUCUUUUAUCAACGAAAACUUCCCUCCUGUAUCAUAUCCCACGGAUGUUUAUCAGAAAGGAAAAAAAUAUGCCUGGCCAGCUCGGUUAAUCAUAUUUUCACCAGAGGAAGACUUGAUAACGAGUCAACUUGGAACGAAAUACAUUGAAUGCAACAGAUUCUUCAAUAGCUACUUCCAUUGGGAUAGCAGAAGAAGCGGGGAUGUCAUAGUAUACUGUUCGAAGUAG